CUCCAGUUUGAGCUCACCACUUUUGAUAAAGAUUCGAAUGACGCGAGGUGAACAACAGCCGCUGUUGACGCCGACGAAGAAGAACCUCUGGCGCCAUGGAGGAUCGACGCCCACGACGAAGCUCGGCUGGUUGGCCAAUACAGUGCUGGUGAUCGUAGCGUUGGACGUGGUGGUGAUGUUGUCGCAGCUCCCGCAAUUGUCGAUUGUGUGGUUUGUUGAUUCGGCGCUUCCUGAAUGGCGCUACGAACAACUGCCCAUCUUGCUCACGCUCUUGAAGGCCGUUGUGUUGGUCGUCGCUGUGUUCUCGCCGUACGCCGUGCUUUUUGGUUUGGUGGUGAUCGUUGCGAUCUUGGUUGUAUUGGCCAACGACGCGUUCGCCCUCGAUGCCAUGACUCAGCAAGAAGUGGAGACUCAAGGCCUUAAACAUGCCAACUUGUUCAACAUCUUGCCGCUCAUGUUCUCCGUCUUCGAAGGGGUCCUGUUGAUCCAAGCGUACUUGAAGCAAAAACGACGGGCCCAAGAGCUAGCAACUGCGAAGCAACAGUCGGAGGAUUUGGAGACUUCCCAGAGCACGUUUAGCGAGUCGGCAACGUCCGCGUCUGGCGGCAAAGCUGGCAUUUCACUGGUCAAGAUGCUCAUGGUACUUCGCCCGUACUUUUGGCCCCACGGGCUAAACAACCGCGUGCGGGCUAUGAGUACCUACUGCUUCCUCGUCACAUCCAAAGUACUCAAUUUGUACGCGCCCAUGUUUAUGGCCCGCAGCACCAAUGCGCUGGUGGCCAAGGAUUACGCCGGGGCGUUGCGUGCGGUGACGUUAUACUGCGCCAGCAUCCUCGCGUGCAAAGUGCUGGACGAACUCAAGAGCGUCGUGUACCUCAAAGUCAAGCAGACCGCGUAUGUCGAGAUCGCGACCAUGACGUACGAGCAUCUACAUUCGUUGUCGCUGGAUUGGCAUUUGAAAAAGAAAUUGGGCGACGUGCUGCGGUCUAUGGAUCGAGGCGUCGAGUCCGCCAACAGCGUCGUGUCGUACAUGUUUUUGUACUUGCUCCCGACCAUUCUCGAAGCGGUUGUGGUCAUGAUCAUCUUUGCAACACACUUUCAACUGGCGAGUUUGUCGUUUAUGGCGUUUUCGAGCUUGGUCGUGUACGCCCACGUGACGAUUCUGCUCACGUUGUGGCGCAAAAAGUUUCGCCAAGAAAGCACCAAGCACGACAACGAGUACCACGACAAAGCGACGGAUGCCCUGAUCAACUACGAAACGAUCAAGUACUUUACGAACGAACGACAUGAAAUCCAGAGCUACUCGUCGUCAAUUCAAAAGUAUCAGUCCAACAGUGUCGCAGUUCAAGCGUCGCUGUCCGUGUUGAACAUGAGCCAGGCCAGCAUCAUCCAAGCCACGACCCUUGCGUGCUUGGCGCUGGCGAUCCCGCAUGUCAUCCGCGACGACGGCCGCGGCGUCGACAUUGGCGGCUUUAUUGCCAUCUCUGUGUACUUGAACAAUCUGUUUACGCCGCUCUACUUUCUCGGGUCUCUCUACAAUAUGAUGAUCAACGCCAUUGUGGACAUGCAAAAGCUGAGCGAACUGCUCAAUGUGGACCCGGAUAUUACCGACAAGCCAUUCGCGCCCAAGCUGUCGCUCGACUACGAAGCACACCGCAACGGCAUCACAGUCGAGUUUCAAAAUGUAUCGUUUGAUUACCCCGAUCAAAACGAAGGUAGUGGGCUGAAGAAUGUCAACUUUGUCAUUCCAGCAGGCACAACGACUGCGCUCGUGGGGGAGACGGGCGCGGGAAAGACGACCGUGUCGCGGCUGUUGUUUCGCUUUUACGACGUGCACAAGGGCCACGUCCUGAUUAACAACCAAGAUGUGUCUGGUGUGACCCAACUGUCGCUUCGCAAAGCCAUCGGCAUCGUCCCCCAAGACACGGUGCUAUUCAACCAGUCUGUGCUAUACAACAUUCAGUACGGCAACAUGGACAGCUCGUUCGAGCAGGUGGUGGAAGCAGCCAAGAAGGCCAAGAUUUACGACUUUAUCAUGCAAUUACCGUUGACGUGGAACACCAUGGUGGGCGAGCGCGGGCUCAAGUUGUCUGGCGGGGAGAAGCAACGCGUGGCCAUCGCCCGCACGUUGCUGAAGAACCCGCCGUUCGUCAUCUUAGACGAAGCCACGUCGGCGCUGGACACGGUGACCGAGUCGGAGAUCCAGCAGGCCCUCACGCGACUGCAGACCAACCGCACGAUGCUCGUGAUUGCACACCGGUUGUCGACGAUCCGACACGCGUCGCAGAUUGUCGUGCUGGGCAAAGGAUCUGUGCUGGAAAUGGGCACCCACGACGACUUGAUGCAAGCGAAUGGCAAGUACGCGGGCAUGUGGAAGGCGCAACUCGAGUCGCAGAAAGAGCUCGACGACUGCGUGUAACCUCGCGAUGAGUAAACCAACUUGUAUGAGAUAACCAGUGGGAACGACGCGGCUUUGUGAAAGUUGUUGCGAUGACGUUCUUGGACGCAAAUGAAUGUUCUGAUAUAAUAUUGUGUUUCAAACUGGAGCGACAUGAAGAAUGAAAAAUAUAUCGACACA